AUGAGAAAUUGCCGUGCAGCGAAGUGUUGUUUUUUGUUGUUGUUGUUUGGAUUUUGUUGACAAACAUAUUACGAGACAUUUAUGUUAUAACUGUUGAUUAUGCACUUUGACCGCAAAAUAUCUUGUCUUAAGUCAUAAAACGACAAGCACGCCAUUGGAAUUCUGUCGUGCCCUGUUCCUUCAGCGCCUAUCUCUGAGAUAUGGUGGUGCUCUGAUCCGAUAACCUUCAUGACACCUGUCAAAAGUGCCAAAGCCUGCUAUUUUCUGUCUCCUUUGAAAAGUCAAAGGAGAUUGUCAUUACUGUAAUUUGAGCUUAUGUCAUGGAUUCCAUUUUGAGUCCAGAAAGUGUCCUCAACCUCAAUGUUGGUAUUUUGGGUCAUGUUGAUUCUGGGAAGACUUCCCUGGCGAAAUCUCUGAGUGUUGUUGCUGGCACCGCUGCGUUUGACAAAAACCCACAGUCUCAGGAGAGAGGAAUCACCAUAGACUUGGGGUUCAGUGCCAUUGUUGUCGAUGUACCAACUAAACUCUCCCAGGAAACAUCCAAAACAAAGCUGCAGUUUACAUUUGUCGACUGUCCUGGACAUGCUUCGUUAAUAAGAACUGUUAUUGGAGGAUCUCAAAUUAUUCACAUGAUGUUAUUAGUCAUUGACAUAACUAAAGGAAUGCAGACCCAAACUGCAGAAUGUCUUGUGAUUGGGGAAAUUAUGUGCAAGAACAUGAUUGUUGUGUUAAACAAAAUUGAUUUAUUGCCCAUAGAAAAGAGAAAUUCUUCAAUUGAAAAGAUGAAAAAGAGGAUGACUCUUACUUUAGCUAACACAGUUUUUCAAAAUGCACCAAUUGUUGCCGUGUCUGCGAUGCCAACAGAUGGAGAUUCAACUGGAACGACUAGCUUUGGUCUUGACGCAUUAUUGCAAAGCAUGAAAGACAUGGCUUCUCUUCCCACAAAAAGACAGGAAAGGCCAUUUGUAUUUGCUGUCGAUCAUUGUUUCAACAUCCGAGGGCUAGGUACCAUUAUGACUGGCACAGUUCUUCAGGGAAAAGUUUGUCUAAGAGAUGAGAUUCAAGUACCAGCCAUUAGCUUCUCUGGGAAAGUAAAAUCAAUGCAAAUGUUUCACCGCCCAGUAGAAUCAGCAGAAGAGGGAGACAGGCUUGGAAUAUGUGUGCCACAAUUGGACUCAAAGCAGCUGGAGCGAGGACUUGUCUGUCACCCAGACUAUAUUGCUUUCAUGUGGGCUGCAGUAUUAAAAGUUCAUCGCAUCAAGUAUUUUCAAUCAAAGAUAAAGUCCAAAGAUAAAUUUCACAUAAGCAUAGGCUAUGAAACUGUAAUGGCCAUUAUAACAAUUUUUUCAGCCCCUAGUGAUAUGUCUUUUCAUCUUCAAGCAGACUACGAAUCAAAAGAAGAACUUUCAGAUGGUGACAAUUAUUUCAUGCUUUUGCAGUUUGAAAGACCUGUACUGGCUCUUCCAGAAAGCCUGGCCAUUGGAUCACGAUUAGAAAUGGAUACGAACGGAAAUGCAUGUCGCUUAGCAUUUUGGGGUCGGAUUGUACAUCAAAUAUAUGACAAAGCAUAUGAAAAAACAUUCCUUCCGCAGAUGAAAAUUUAUAAAAUGUUGGAAAGGAAAGGGACUGUGGAACGUGUAGUCAAUAAUGAUGUUCUUAUAGCUAAGAACCUCAUUAAAAAGGAAACUAAUGCCCAAGCUUUUGUUGGUCUUUCUGUUGUUCUGUCCAGUGGAGAACAUGGAAUGAUUGACAGCACUUUUGGUAAAAGUGGAAAACUCAAUAUACGGAUCCCGGGAGGGCUCAAGGAAGAAACAGUUAUGAAGUACAAGAAGCAAGGAUCAAAAAAUGAAGCAGAAUCAGAUCAACCAACAGACGUUAUCUUGAGGUUCAAGCGCUACAUCUUCGACCACCAGAAGAAAAUGGUUCAAGUUUGAUAUACAUUACUGUUUUUGUUUGGGU